AGAGCUGGGGUGACUACCAGAGGAAAGAGGAUGGCCAGACAGGAAAGCUAGAAAUGGCCUUCUUCCCCAUCUGGGACAAAGAGGGACAUAGCCAGACACCCCUUCUUCUUUUCAUGCAUCAAAGUUAACUUAGUCCAGGAAGGCUAACAACACAGUGGCUCUGUUUUCUAACCCAAGAAUUAGGGCACAGUGUCUGACAGCAUUACUAAACAGGCUGCGUGAACUCGAGACUCUCUCAGGAAGUUCAGGGUGAGUGGCCAUGGUUGCAGCGGGGCCCAGAAACGGGAGCCAAGUGUCGGUUCUGUUCCGUCGGCGAUAAGGCAUCUCUUAGAGGAGAGUGGGGGGGUAUCUUGGUAACAGCACUAUGAAGGGUCCUUAGAUGUCUCCUGGGCAUCAGUAUCAGAGACCCAUCUGCAGGAGAGUAUCCAAACCCCAGGCUCUCAUACCCGUCCGCCCUUGCAGGUUAUGGAACCCCAACUCUACACUGGAGAGCCUAGGAAAAUGGAGUCUCUUUCCCUGCUUUCCUCUGUCCCAUAAUGUGGGGGUUUCUCUCCAGUCUUAUCUCCUCUUUACUUGUGCCCUAUGAACAUCUGAAAGAGGCCAGGGAAUCCCUGCAAGGAGAUGGUCUUUUCUAUAGGUGUGGGGCCUAUAGAAAAGAUGUGUGUAAAUAGCAGAUGGCCGAUUGUGUCACAUGCCUCUGAGCAGUUAGGGAGGCAGGCAGGAGAAGGUGCUGUGAGGAAGUGCAAUGUCACAUGCAGCCUCACAGGAAGCUGGCCAGAAUAUAGCUGAGGACCGAUGCUGCUGCGCUCAGUCGCUUUUCUCAGCGGAUUAAAGCAACACAGGUUAGUGCCUUUUUCUGUCUGAAAACCCUCCAUGGUGGCUCUAAAAUACCCACCUGUUUGACUACCUUUCCUUGAGCUGACUUUAUGUGUGUUUCUAAUGAGAGAGAGAGAGAGAGAAAGAAAAAAAAAACUGCCCUGGCUUUGAAUGUAAGAGUCUGUGCAAAGCUGGUAACCACACGUUGUUAGAGGAACAAACAUUGAGCCACUGUGGUGGAAAUGAAAUUCUCAGAAUCUCUGGCUUCCUUGUUUAGAACUUCUAUGCCUUUAAAAAGAAUAAACUUCAGAUGUUCGUUAAAUACGUUAUUUCGUGGAAUGCAGCUUAGCCUCUUCUCAUCUUUACUUACUAGCACAAAUCUGAAACAGGACUGGUCAAUUUGUGCUUGCAGACAUGUGUGGGGCGUCUGUGCGGUGUUGGAGAAGAAAUACUGUGGCUAAAAAAACGUGCUUUACGGCUAUGUGCAAAAGCUUGUUUUAUGGAAUUUUCAUCUCAUAAAACCUAUGAGUUUUUUUGGCUUGCAUUUCAUGACAGAAUAACUUUUCAGGCCCAUACAUUUUUCUGCCCCACCCCCUUCCUUCCUUUCCUUCCUUACAUGAGCUGUGGGGAGAGAAGAGGGGGGUAGGGCAGCUUGAGUGUAGAUGGGGAAGUCCUCGGUUUAAGAGGCAACACAACCUGGACUAAAGCUGAUUGGGUUCGGAGAAGCCUCGAGGCUUGUCGUUGACUAGAGCCUCCUCCUGUCCACACAUGGUAAAGAAGAUUGGAUUUACCCUCAAGACUGCUGAAAUUUUAACUACCCAAGAUGCCUGUCCCUCCCCCACCAGCACCCCCACCGCCACCAACGUUUGCACUCGCUAACACUGAGAAACCCACCUUGAACAAGACAGAACAGGCUGGGAGGAAUGCUCUUCUCUCUGACAUCAGCAAAGGGAAGAAGCUAAAGAAGACGGUCACCAAUGACAGAAGUGCCCCAAUAUUGGACAAACCAAAGGGAGCCGGUGCCAGUGGUGGUGGUGGCUAUGGUGGAGGCGGUGGAGGUGGUGGUGGAGGAGGAGGAGGCAGCGGUGGAAAUUUUGGAGGGGGUGGUCCUCCAGGAUUGGGAGGACUAUUCCAGGCUGGAAUGCCAAAGCUGAGGUCCACUGCCAACAGGGAUAAUGAUUCUGGAGGAAGCCGACCACCGAUUUUGCCACCGGGAGGAAGAGCCACAUCUGCCAAGCCCUUUUCACCCCCGAGUGGCCCGGGGAGGUUUCCCGCACCCUCCCCAGGCCACAGGAGUGGGCCCCCAGAGCCACCCAGGAACAGAAUGCCUCCUUCGAGGCCUGACGUGGGUUCAAAACCAGAUAGCCUUCCCCCUCCGGUACCAAAUACGCCAAGACCUGUUCCGUCGAGUCUGCACAACCGGGGAUCCCCAGCAGGGCUGGGAGCCCCCAGGCCCCCCUUUCCCGGAAACCGAGGUGCUGCUUUUGGAGCAGGCUCUGUGCGCCAGAACCCCUCAGGCUCCUCCUCUCCGUUUCCUAGGCCCCCUUUGCCCCCCACCCCAAGCCGAGCCUUGGAUGACAAGCCCCCUCCACCACCUCCUCCCGUGGGCAACAGGCCCUCCAUGCACAGAGAAGCGGUGCCCCCUCCCCCCUCACAGACCAGCAAACCUCCAGUGCCUUCCACCCCGCGGCCUGGGUUGGGUUCGCAGGCACCACCUCCUCCGCCACCGCCCAGCCGGCCAGGGCCCCCUCCUCUGCCUCCAGCUUCCAACGAUGAGAUCCCCAGGCUGCCACAGCGGAACGUGUCCCUCACGUCCUCUGCACCUCCAUUGCCUUCACCUGGACGCUCGGGGCCUCUCCCUCCCCCACCCAGCGAGAGGCCCCCUCCUCCUGUAAGGGAUCCACCAGGCAGAUCAGGCCCCCUCCCACCACCACCUCCAAUAAACAGAAAUGGAAGCACAGCUCGGGCCUUGCCUGCCACCCCUCAGUUGCCAUCCAGGAGUGGAAUGGACAGUCCCAGAAGUGGGCCUAGGCCUCCUCUUCCUCCUGACAGGCCUGGUGCUGGGGUGCCGCCCCCACCCCCACCCUCCACAUCAGUUCGCAAUGGCUUCCAAGACUCAUCGUGUGAAGAUGAGUGGGAAAGCAGAUUCUACUUCCAUCCGAUUUCUGACUUGCCGCCUCCCGAGCCAUACGUACCAACAACCAAGACGUAUCCCAGCAAAGUGGCCAGAAACGAAAGCCGAAGUGGAUCCAACAGAAGAGAAAGGGGCGCCCCACCCCUUCCUCCCAUCCCGAGGUGAUCUCUGCCUGCUCCUUUCUACCCAAGCUCCAAAGCUGCUUCUGUUGUUGCUGUUUGAAAACUGCUCACCCCUCCUCUUGAUUUGCCCCCACCCUCAGAGAGAGUAGGAUGGAGGAACGGAAGCUGAGGAGGGGAUCCCUGUGUGGGGGGGUGGGGAUUGGGGAAAGAAGCGCCUAGCUGUUUAUGUUGUAUAUAUUCCUGAGCUAUUGCUUGUAUCAGCUGCAGCCUGCCAGGGAUGGCCGCUGGGAUCGAUAAGCUUUUGUUUUAAGUAGGCAAAGAAGAAUUGUAUCCCAGCUUUCAGCCACACAAGGUCAGACAUUCACUGCUUUUUUGCUACAGACUGUAGUUGUUAAAUUCCCUGAGAGCUGGUUUUCUCUAUGCCUUUCUUGCUCACAUGGCCUCUGGCCUGUUUCCAUGAACCACAGUCCGCCCAAGCGAGUUGCUGAGCAAGCCCUGUGGUUACAGAAUGUCCGAUCUUUGGCUGUCUGAGGAAGGCUCCAGGACAGAGCUGUCUUAACAGAAACAUAAUGUGAGCCCCAUUCCCCCGUCUGAAAAUGACCAGCAGCUAUGUUUUAUAAAGGUAGAAGGAAACAGAUGAAAAGAAUUGCAUUUUACUCAGCACUGUGCAUCUGAAAUAUCACUUCGACUUGUAUUAUUAAUGAGCUAUUUACAUUUUUGGUACUAAGUCCUCACACUCGAGUUACCAUUCUGUACUUGGAACAAGCACACUGCCAGAUUUCAAGUGUCCACACGGGCCUCAGCACCACACUGUCAGACGGUCUGGAAGACAGGAGUUAGGACAGAAAGCUUGUGCCUAAAAAGGCAAAUUGAGUUUUAGCAAUUCAGGAGAUGUCCCAAGACAGAGUCAGAACUCGAUACAAUGUUUGGCAGGCAGUGAGAACUUGAUACAAUGUUUGGCAGGCAGUGAGACCUUAGAUUUUUGACCCUUAUUCUGCCUUUGUCCUUAAUAUGUAUGUCCAGGUGUUUCUUCAAAGUAUCUUAGUGAGAAAUGUAUCUAGUAGAGUUUACAGUCCCGUGGAUUGCAAACUCCACUGCAAGAAAACAAAACUGUGUGGGCACUCCCUGGCUCAGAACCAGCUGGCUUGUGCACUCGCUGGUCACUGGCCUUGCGCAUCUUCUGUGGCUCUUCAGUCCUCCACCCCAGAGAAAACUCCUUCCUCAGGUCAGGAAAGGCUAGUAGGGCAAGAUAGGAGAAGAAAGUCAGAGAAUGUAUCAGAACUAUGGGAGAAGAGGAUAGCGUUGAUGAUGGGCAGAGCUCUACACAACCGACUGGGGUCAAGUAGAUUAAGGAGCUUACCAGUGGAACCUAGAAAGCAUUGGUGUUGAAUUUCUUGGGAGAAUCAUUGUCUUGGAUCUGUGCAAGUAAGUUCCACUAAAGGACAGACCACAAAAAGGGCCAGGCUUGCCUUUUAUAUAUAUAUAUGACUUUGUUUACAACAUUUUACUGGGACUUUCAAACCUAGCUGUAGAGUUGGAAAAAGAUUUCCAUUUUGAUGUUUUAUAUUGUCAUGUUUAAUGUUACCAUUGUCUAUUAAAGCACAUGGCCACAUAUGUGUAUCUACCUGAACUUUGUAUUUUGGGUCCAGCGUAUUGCUCACAUGUUGCUGUCACAUGUUGCUGAGAGAAACUAAUAAAAAAAAAACAAUCCAAAGAAAAAUGGAAAGACAUUCCUAUUUAUAGAAUGAUUGUUUCAUUUAUAUAAAGGCAUAACUUAGGAGUUCUAAUAGAUGAAAAGUCUAAUAAAUUAUAAAGUGAUUGAUUUGAAUAUAUUGUAUUUUUAUAACUUUCCUUGCCAAAGCCCAGACCUAGUUCUUUAAAGAGUAGCUUUCCUCCCUUCUCCUCCGCCAUUUGUCGGUCUUCCAUGAGAACAAAGAAAUAAAAGGUUUAACAAGCUUGACAAUUUUUUUAUUCCUAACAUUUUUAAAUGUAUUUCGAAUUCUUUGAUCUGAUAUUCACUAGGAUAAACAUCCUUUUGAUAGAUGCUCAAUGACCUACUUUACUGAAAGUAGAAUUGGUCCUUCCUUGUGCUGUGUAUGGAAGAGAAAGGUUGGACUCAAAAAUUGUGGGUCUCAGGUUUUUAAGGGAUAGUGAAAAUUGGACACGUUCUGGUAAAUAAAUCCCAGUUUUUCAGGUCAUUUCUAAGUCAGGAGUGGGGUCACAGCUCAAAGUUGCCAUUCAUAAUAAAGAAGGUUUAGGAUGCAUUUUGCAAAGAAUGUUUCAUUAAUACACCUACAUCCUAUCUUUGGAAGUCAGUGACCCAAUUGCAUUUAAAACUCUUGAGAAGUUCUGGGUUUAGCUUAACCUAUGGUAGAUCAUUUAAAAAAAAAAAAAAAAAAGACUAUUUUCUUCCCUGAAAUCAAACCUUACAUGUAUGUUUUUCCAUAAUAUUUCCAGUUAUGUGUAUUUAAGAGGCAAUGCAGUAUUUUAACAUUUGCAACUCAUUUUAUAUGGAAAUAUAUUGCAGUAUUAAAAUUCAGUGUUCUGUGUCUAUUUCACUAUGCAUUUUAUUUACUGAAAGCUGAGAAAUAUUUAACCCAAUGGUGCCUUACUGGUGAUCUGAAAAGAAUUGACUUGUUAUGUCUAAGUAGUGGAUUUGUUGCAUAUUUGUAAAAACUGUUAGGCCUUUAUAUUUUAACUUGUAAUAUCGAUUUUGUUAUUUUAGUACCAGAAACAGGGUGGUUAUUGAAGUCUCCUCAAACUUUUGGUAUGAAAUUUAACUUUCCCUGUUUAUAGGCAGGAGCUGUAGAGGAAUUUUUUCAUACCACUGCACUGUGUAAACAGACACAGACAUCUGUGUCAUCAGGGUAGUUAAAUGGUAGGGUAGAAUCUACCAUAGACACCUGCAUGUUUGUAAAUUAUCCAGACAAUAAAUAAAAAGCAGAACGAUA